AUGCCCCGCAAACGCGCAACCUCCACCACCUCCUCCCUCACCACCAGCGCCCGCGAUAAUGACCGAGACUUGCCAGCACCCCAAGAAAUGGGCAGCAUGUACGACUACCUCGCGAAGAUCAUCCUCCUAGGUCCCUCCGGCUGCGGCAAAUCCUGUAUUCUCCACCGCUUCGUGAAGAACGACUGGCGCGUCCUGAGUUCGCAGACAAUAGGCGUGGAGUUUGCGUCGAAAAUCGUCAAAGUUGGACCGGAAGGAGGACGACGCAAGAGAGUGAAGUUGCAGCUUUGGGAUACGGCGGGGACGGAGAGGUUUAGGAGUGUGUCGAGGUCUUAUUACAGAGGUGCCGCGGGCGCGGUGCUGGUUUAUGACCUUUGCAAUGGGGAGACUUUCCGGGGACUGGGGACGUUUUUGGGGGAUGCAAGGAGUUUGGGGAGUAGGGAUUUGACGGUCGUGUUGGCGGGGAAUAAGAAAGACCUAAUGGACCCGACGACAGCUGCGUUGGCGGAAGAGGAGCAGGUUGGCAGCCAGCCUGUGGGGAGUCUACUGGACGACGACAGCAGUCUUAGUGGGAGCUUGAAUAGGACGAGUACGAUUGGGAUAGGGUUGGGGAGUCAGCAGAGAGCUACUGUCAAUCGAGAUGGACGGGCGAUCAAUGCGACGACGGCUGCGAACUGGGCGAGCCAGAAUCAUAUACCAGCGACUAUGGAGGUUUCUGCGUUGACGGGAGAGGGAGUGGACGAGGUUUUUAACAAGCUUGCGAGCACGAUAUUGACCAAGAUUGAGCUUGGGGAGAUCGACCCGGACGAUCCUAUGAGUGGCAUACAAUAUGGCGAUGCGGACUACUGUAGAUAUGAUGACGGUGGGUCAAGCAUCAAGUCUGGUGGCUUGACAUCGGACGGCUAUGGUGGCAGCGUCAGGCGGAGACGAAGAGGUGCGGGCUGGGGAGAUGUGUUUAAGAUCGGUCGACCUCGGAGCUCGAGUGGUGGUAGAGGAGGGUGCUGCUGA